AUGUUUCUUAGUCUUGGAAUUAAUAAAUCUAAGAAGUCUGACAAUAUGAGCCCACCGAAACGUAAAAAAACUAAGCUACCAACUAAUAAAGGGAAAACAAAAACAAAAAGGAUUUCUGCUUCUGAUAAUUCAUCAGUUAUGACUGCUGCGAGUGAAGCCACAAAUGAUACUUCUCCACCGAGCAAUGUCGGUACCAAUGGUAAUGAAUUAACCGUUGAUGAGAAAAUCACAGAUGAACCUUUGGACAAAAAAAUUCACCAUGGUCACACGGAUGUGGAUCAAGAAAAGGAUCACGUGAACAAGCAACUCGGUUCGUCAAAUGGUCCUCAACAUAGUAAUGAAUCUGGAAUAAAUGCCAAUGCCAACACCGCAAUAUAUCUUAGUCCCAGAAGAGACGCAAAUACUGGCCCUCCGAGUGAAUCUGAAUCGUCAAUUACCGAAGAUUCGGGUGAGAACGCUCUAUCUGACAUUACGGCCCCGACUGAAGAAGACAAAGGCAUUUUUAGUUCACGUGAAGAGGGAUGGGGUGAAGAUACAAAGGAUAAUAUCCAGGAUUAUUAUACUAAAUUGCAUAACUCGAAUCACUUUGACCGCAGAAAUGAAUUGCAAAAAAUCUUGCACGCUAAUAAUGUUAAUACGAGUGCAAUAGCUAAUAAUCAAUAUCCGUUAACAUCUCCUGAGCUGGAUGAUAAUACGGCUAACAAAAACUUUAAUGAUCAACGUUAUAUUUUAUUCGAGAAUUCCAAAAACUCUCAGGACAUCGAUGAAUCCGAAUCUUCACUCACGGCCAAAAGAUUGAAACCUUCUAAUACAUCCUUGUCAUUUGUUACCACUGCUUCACGUGGACUUCCACUUGAAUUGUUUACUGAUAGUCUUUACAUAGGCCCUAUCGACCAGCUUUCACCUAUGGGUCUUACAUUCUAUUGGCUUGGUUGGUACACGGAAGCUGUAUUUUCACAAAUUGCAGAUAAGCUUAAUAUUGUGGAUCGAUUCACGGGAAUUCCUCUGAGCAAGUUGUUUCUUUGGAUUUAUUCUCCUAAAAGUUGGAUGGGCAUCAAAAACGAAGAUUUGGAAAGAUUAGAAGCAGCGAAAAUGAGAAACUCAGAAUAA